AUGGGCCAUUGGCUGGCAGGCGCACAAGGCCUGGCCGUCGGUCCUGAUGCGUCUCUGUUGCUCUCGUCUCUCUUCUCCUCUGCUGCUGACUCCUGGCGUCAGCCGUCUAACGGGAAGAAAUCUGCUGUCGAAGAGACUGUUUCGCGGUGGGAGUUGCUGCUGCAGCAGCUGCCUCAUCUGAGCGGCGCGUCUGCUACUCCAGCCAACAGCGCGGGGCGCGUGGAGCUGGUCCCCAGCAGCCGCCCUAGCCAGGACACUCAGCCGGACACCGCUAUAACCAAACCCACCCCAAAAUACCACCGCGGGUCUUAUGAGGAACCAGCAUUUGAUGUGGAUGCGGUGGAGUUGAUGUUCAACUUGGAUGCAGACGAGACCGAGGUUUCCUCGCGAUUGCGGGUGCGCCGAAGGGCAGGCGCGCCGCCACAGGAUUUGAUUCUAGAUGGGGAGGAUCUGCAACUGAAUUCGGUGUCCCUCGACGACGUCCCGCUGGUAGAGGAUGCAGAAAGUGGGUACUCCAUUAUCGAAGGAGGGAAAUUGCGCAUUCCUAUGAGUCUUCUGCCGAAAGAACCGAAACGCUUCUUUUUAGGCAUCAGCGUGACUAUUUUCCCCAAGAAGAACCUCCAGCUUUCCGGCCUUUACUACUCCGAAGGCGUGCUUGUCACCCAAUGCGAAGCCGAGGGUUUCCGGCGCAUCACUUACGGGUUAGAUCGCCCGGAUGCAUUGGGCCGUUACCUGGUCCAUCUUGAGGCAGACGAGGAAAAAUACCCUGUCCUGCUGAGCAACGGAAACAAACUCGCUGAAGGUCCUGUAAAAGGACAGCCUGGUCGGCAUUUCGCCGUUUAUGAAGAUCCUUUCCCCAAACCAACGUAUCUCUUUGCAGUUGUCGCCGGCAAUUUCGGCAGCGUUACCGGCGAAUUCCAGACAAUGAGCGGGCGUAACGUGAGCUUGCAGUUCUACAGCCCCCCAGCCGAUGUGGACUAUUUGAAGCACGCUAUGGCAAGUUUGCAGUUGAGCAUGAAGUGGGACGAGGACGUCUUCGGUCGUGAGUACGACCUUGGCGCCCUCAGGGUUGUCUGCGUCGAUAGCUUCAAUACCGGCGGCACGGAGAACAAAGGUCUUCUCAUCUUUAACUGCCAUGCACUGCUUGCGGACUCAAAGUUCAGCACAGACGUUGACUAUUAUGCAACGGUUUCAACAGUGGCCCACCAUUACUUCCACAAUUGGACGGGCAACAGAGUGACAAUUCGAGACUGGACGGAGUUGUGGCUGAAGGAAGGCCUGACGACUUUCAGGGAGCGGCUCUUCCGCAGCACUUUGGGUUCUGCCGCUGCGCAACGUAUUGAAGACAUGAGGCGACUCAUUAACGUGCAGUAUGCGGAAGAUUUCGGCCCUUUGUCACAUCCUAUCCGCCCAGACAGUUACAUCUCUGUGAACAGCAUGCACACCCCAACCGUCUACUGGAAGGGAUCGGAGGUCGUCCGCAUGUUCCUCACCAUCAUUGGGGAGGAAGGCUUCCGCAAGGGAAUGGACAUGUAUUUUAGGAGAUUCGACGGAAUGGCCGCCGACUCCGAGGACUUCAGGAAGGCAAUGGAAGAAGCCAGUGGCAUGGACCUCUCUGAAAUGGAUGCAUGGUUCGAGCAGGCCGGCACUCCGAGUGUGCGAGUCGUCUCUUCCGGCUUUGACGGCUUCAUGAGGGCCUACACCUUCACUCUGGAGCAGUCGGACCCAUCAAACCCGGGCCAGCCCACGAAGAAGCCCUUACCGAUACCUGUUUCACUAGCGAAUGAAACUGCGCCUGAGUUUCUGUGCAUGCAGGUGGUGCUAAUGACAAAGGCGAGGCAGACGUUCCGCUUUACACGCAUCAACGAGGACUGCCAGCUUUCGCUUCUGCGGGGCUUCUCAGCACCAGUCAGACUGGUGUAUGACAUGACACCCCAACAGUUGGACUUCGUCCUCAACAACGAUACGGAUGACAUCAACAAGUGGAAGGCGCUACAAACCCUUGCAACUCAAGCCAUCCUAGAGAGGGCUACCUACGCGGCCUCAGGCGUCAACGCCGCCGCAUUCCCGCCCCUCGGUCAGGUCUUCCUGCGUGGUUACCAGAUGGUCCUCAUGAACACUAACAUGGACUACGAUCUCAAAGCCCUGUAUCUGGGCUUGCCGGACGUGGGAGAGCUGGAGAACCACUUGCUUUCAAUUGACCCGACUGCCGUGCAUACGGCGCUUCGUUCUGUGAUGUUAGACUUGGCCUCUGCAUUCAAGACAGAUUUGAAGGAGUUGUACCAAACGCUAAUGCGGACUGGCGGUGGCACCUUGGAUCCGGUCAACAUUGGCAGACGACGCCUCCAACACCAAGCGUUGGAGCUCCUGUGCAGCCCCCGAGACCGCGACUCUGCUCUGCUGGCCUAUUCCCACUACGUCCAGGCCACAUGCAUGGCUGAGAAGUUUUAUGCCCUCCGCUGUCUAGCAAGCACCCAUCAUUCCGAGAAAGACAAAGCAUUUGACCUCUUCUACGCUGAGGCUAAAGGGAACUCGCAGCAACUGGACCACUGGUUCCGGCUGCAGGCAGGAGCAGACCUCCCUGAUCAGCUAGAGCGCGUGGAAGUGCUGCUUGAACACCCUGACUUCUCGUUUAAGAACCCCGACCGUCUACGCGCUGUUUUCGAGGCGUUGGUGCACAGAAGUGGCCAUCAUUUCCACCGACCAGACGGCAAGGGGUACAGAUUGCUUGCGGAUGCUGUGAUCAAGGUUGACAAAUUCAACCACAGGAUGGCGGCAACGCUGGCGUCUCACUUUAUGAAUUGGCAGUCGUACACCGUAGAUAGAGGAUCUUUAAUGAAGGAGCAGAUGCAGCGGAUUGUGAGGGAGCCUUCUGUGUCUUCCGAGGUGCUGGGGCUUGUCAUGGGAAUCCUAGGUCAAUAG